AUGCCCCGCAGCUUUGUGUUCUGUUCUGGUGCCAAGCGACCAGACCAUCUCUUCCGGUUGACACUGCACACAGCUGAGACGCACGCGCUGCAAGCACAGCAGUCUGCAGCAACCCCACGGCAGCACAGCAACGCAACAAGUGGCCAGCCAAGCGCACCUGUUGCUACAGUGACAGGGCAACGAUACGCCAACCGGCGCAGAGAGGAACAGCAACAACACCAAUCAGAGCAGUGCAGGCACAACGUUGCUACAGCAGCAGCAGAGCAGAAGCAGCACACUCAGCAACAACACCCGAAGCUUUCUUUGCUAUGGAGCAACGGUGUGACGAGGGGCGAGCACCGGGAGCGACGGACUUACAAAGCGCACAGCACCGCUCACAGCCUGUUGCAAGCAGCACCCACUCGCACCUCCUAUCGCGGAUGGCUGAAUGGAUGGGUGGGCUGGUGGGCGAUCCAAGAACAGAAGAACUCCAAGGCUUCAAAGUGA